AUGCCUCUCGUUCUCUUCCUCGGCGUCCUCGAAAAUGGCAUCCCCGAACAAGUCCGGCAGCACAGCCGCACAAUAAUCUACACCAUUCUCACCCUCACCCUCCUAACCCUCCUCAAAAUCUGGACAUCCGGCCGCAAGAAUCCCAGCCCUCGCCUCCUCCAUGGCAAAGUCGUCAUGAUGACCGGCGGAACGUCCGGUAUAGGCGCCCAAACGGCCCUCGGACUCGCAGCUCAGGGCGCGCAGCUGGUUCUGCUAUCACAGGCGCCUCCGUCGGAUCCCUUCCUCGUCGAGUAUAUCCAGGAUCUAAGACAGAAGACGAAUAACCAGAUGAUCUACACGGAACAAGUCGAUUUGUCGGAUUUUUACAGUAUUCGGACGUUUGCGACCAAGUGGAUUGAUAAUGCGCCGCCUCGACGAUUGGAUAUGAUUAUUCUGUGCGCUGCUACCAUGACACCCCCUGGUGGAAAGAGGAGGGAGUCGGAUGAGGGUAUUGAGGAGACGUGGAUGGUCAACUUUUUGGCUAAUUUCCAUUUACUCGGUAUUCUAAGUCCUGCUCUUCGUGCGCAGCCCAUCGAUCGAGAUGUUCGAGUUAUUAUUCCUACCUGCUCAUCCUACAUCGGAUCACCGUCCCUCAAGGAGCCUGUCUCAACGGCCAACUGGAGUCCUGGUACCGCAUAUGCUCGCAGCAAACUCGCCAUGAACGUCUUUGGUCAAGCAUUCCAGAAGCACCUCGAUGCCUACGAGCGACCCGACAAGGCUCCCAACAACACCCGAGUAGUCUUCGUAGACCCCGGUCUCGCUCGAACCCCUAGCACCCGUCGCUGGUUGACGCGUGGAUCUCUCUGGGGACUUGCAAUCUACCUCGCUGGCUACUUGGUUCCCUGGUUCCUCCUCAAGUCUCCUCACAUGGCCGCCCAAUCCAUCCUCUACGCCGCCAUGGACAAUGACUUUGCUCGAGGUCCCGGCGGAAAGCUCAUCAAGGAGUGUAUGGAGGUCGACUUUGCGCGCAAGGAAGUCAAGGAUGAAGAAGUCGCCAAGAAAUUGUGGCAAGAGAGCGAUGCUCUGAUUGAAAAGGUCGAGAAGAUUCAGGCCAAGAAGAGAGCUGCCAAAAAGGCUGCUGAUGAGAAGAAUGCCAAGGAAAAGACUGAAAAGGAAAAGGAGGCCGAGAUCGAGGAGCUCGUCGAUGCCAUCAAGAAGGGCAAAGAGAAGCAUAAAAAAGCUGCGGGGAAGAAGGGUAAAAAAUAG